GCCGAGAGAUUCUAGAGAGAAACGCAGAGGAAAAGAGACCAUCCGCCAGCGAAUUGGCCCAGUAUCCAUUCGGCCGUGUUCCCAUAAUGUCCGCCAGCGGUCGUCGCUUCUGUCGCAGCCGUUGCCAAAGUUGUCAUUGUCAUCCGUACCAGCAAACGCAGCAGCAAAAGCAGCAGCAGCAGCAGCAACAUCAAGCAGCAGCAGCAGCAACUGGCAUCAACUAGCAGCCACUUCGCAGCAGCAACAUCUAUAGGAGAAGCGGAACAGCAGCAACAGCAACAGCAGCAGCUUAAAAAUACAUUUUUCACAAUGAAGCAAACGA